CUGCAACAGGUACCCCGAAGAUAAAUGAUUGCAUAAUUUCCAAAAUACGGCAUAGUGCUUGGAAUAACUAGAAUAGAGCGCUGGUGGUGUUCAAAUUGCAUAACGUGAAACGCAUUGUUUGCAAAAGAAGCAAUAUUUAGAACAACCGUCUUACUUUGGUUAUUGGAAAAGUGAACAGAAGAUUGAAAGAUGGUUGCUCGACAGAACUGGAGUAAGAAUGUAGAAUUUUUGCUGGCUGCCAUUGGGUAUUGUGUAGGCCUGGGAAAUGUGUGGAGAUUUCCAUACCUCUGUUACAGCAGUGGAGGGGGGGCAUUCUUAAUUCCAUUUUUCCUUAUGCUGAUCCUAUGUGCCAUUCCUCUGCUUUACAUGGAGUUGGCUGUUGGACAAUACACACAGAAUGGGCCAGUAGGGGCCUUAGCCAAGAUCUGUCCACUAUUUAAAGGUGCUGGAUUGGCCACUGUGGUGAUUUCAUUCCUCUUUACCACUUACUACAAUGUUAUCAUUGCCUGGGCCUUCUACUAUCUAUUCAACUGUUUCCAGGCAGUGCUGCCAUGGGUUGGAUGUAACCAUGACUGGAAUUCCCCCAACUGUUGGGAUGGCACUACCCAUCAGAAUUUCACCAAUGGAACCACCAAUUCCUCCUAUGUGGCAGCAUCCGUUAAACCAAAUGGAAGUAUUUCCCCCACAGAAGAUUUCUAUCAAACCUAUGUACUAGAAAAGACAAAAGGCAUUGAAGAGGUUGGAACCAUUAAAUGGGAGCUUGCCUUAAUCCUGCUCUUGUGUUGGGUGGUUGUAUAUUUCUGUAUAUGGAAAGGUCCUAAAUCAACUGGAAAGGUUGUGUAUUUCACCGCUACAUUUCCCUACUUAGUCCUUGUCACAUUAUUGGUAAGGGGAGUAACUCUGCCAGGAUCUUUAAAUGGAAUUAUGUUCUUCAUCAAACCAAAAUGGGAGCUCCUUCUGGACCCGAAGGUUUGGGUGAAUGCAGCAGCCCAGAACUUCAAUUCAAUAGGCAUAGCUUUCGGUGGCAUCAUUACAAUGUCCAGUUAUAACAAAUUCCACAAUAGAAUCAUAAAGGAUGUGCUGGUUAUCGCUGUGGUUGACGCUAUCACCUGUCUCCUAGCCGGAUUCGCUAUCUUCUCCAUUCUCGGAUAUCUGGCUGAGAACCAGGGUAAAUCUGUGGAUGAUGUUAUACAACAAGGUCCCGGUCUAGUUUUUGUUAUUUACCCAGAAGCUUUUACAACUAUGCCCGUGCCUCAGCUCUUUGCAGCAGUAUUCUUUAUCAUGUUGAUUACACUAGGAGUUGAUAGCCAAUUUGCAUCAACAGAAGUGAUAGUGACAACAAUAAAUGACCAUUUUCAUCAUCAAGUCAAGAAGUACCUGAAAAGAAAAGAGGUGUUAGUGGCUAUAGUCUGUGGUUUUUCUUUUCUCUGUGGGUUGCCAAAUGUUACUCAGGGAGGAUAUUACUUUUUUUCACUGAUUGAUCAUUAUGCAGCAGCUGUGUCACUCAUGUAUCUGGCAUUUUUCGAAGUCAUUGCAAUCACCUGGUUCUAUGGUGCUCGCCGCUUGGGUAGAAAUGUCAGGGAAAUGAAUGGCAGCCCACCUAAUGUUUUCUUCAUUGUAUGUUGGUACUUUAUCUCGCCAGUGUUCAUUUUUGGUAUAUGGUUGUUCAGCAUGAUUAGCUACCGUCCAUUUCAGCUGGAUGAUUAUCAGUACCCCAUCUGGGCAACAGUACUUGGGUGGUUUAUAGCAGCCUUGUCUGUGCUCUGUGUUCCCAUAGGAAUGAUUCACUCUAUCUAUCAGGCCAAGGGAAACAACUUGUGGCAGAAAUUGAGAAACUCCAUUGUGUCACCAUUAGAAGAACAUACAGAUGCCUCAUAUCCGAGUCUGAGUAAUGGAGACAUGGUUCUUCAUGUCAAUGCAGAGAAAAAGGAACCUCUUCAACCAUAUUAAAUUUAAUAUUAAUCUGAGAAAUUAGGGUAAUUGUAAGAAUAAGGCAUAAUAAUAUUUGUUGUACUGAACCAUUGUUUUAUACCAAUUUUUGUCAAUUUUUUUUUUCUUUGUUUUAUUAUGUACAUUUCAAAUAGGGGUGAAAAUUUCACUAUUAAGUUGUACAUAGUGGACUUAUCAAAUUAUCGAGGAUUAAGCAGAUGUAAGGACAUUUGAAUAUCAAGUAGAACCAUGCAAUUUGAAUGAUCAUAACAUACAUUCUUUUCUUUUGUUCCCCCUUUUUGAUGACUCAAAAACAGUGCUGUCUAGUUCAAAGACAAAACCUGUGUUAAAUAUGCUUGAAAUGAAAACAGGUAAUCAUUUCAAGUGAAUGAGGGCAUAAAUAUCACAGAAAAAACAUGAAUUUACUCCAUUCCUGAACUUCUUCAAUUUUCUUAAAUUUUCAUUAAUUUCAUGCAUUGCCAACAUUUUGUUUAUGAAAACCUGUCUUGAUAAAUUGAUAAAUUACAUAUUGGGAAAAAUCAGUCAAAUUUCUAAGACAUCACCUCUUUUGUGAUGCUGCAAAUGAAAAUAAUUAUUGGUUCUGAAGCAUGUAGGCCUAUGACUUUAAAUUCUUCAUUAGGAACAUAAAAAAAUUUCACCCAUGUUUUGAAUUUUAUGUCAGAUGUGGGGCCAGUACUUACUAUGCUGUUGAGUUGUUCCUAGUUUAAAUAAGAACUACAAUUUUUUGUUGGUUUUUUUUUUCAUACAUAUAGUUUUCUCCUGAAUUCUGAAAAAGCAUGUAUAUUUAGUUAUUGAGAAAAAUAGUUUUAAAAAAAGUUUUACAGUAAAACUCGGUUAUAUAGAACUCACUUAUAAGGAAAUCUUGAUUAUAAGGAACUUUUUAUGAAUCUCAAAGAGAUCUUUUCACUAUUUUCUUAUAUGGAUAUAAAGAACCUCAGUUAUAAGGAAGGAGAAUUUGAGGUCCCAGUGACUUCCUUAUAACUAAGUUUUACUGUAUUUAGAUUGCAUUUUAAAUUGAAUGAAUUGAAGAAUAACGAGGAUGCAUGUUUUGUGACUUCGUACAUGUAAUAAAUAAUGUAAUAUACUUCUCACGAUUUUACUUUGUGGUUUUUUUAGGAAGAAAACUAUAGCAUUGUUGACAUUUUUUUCAGAAUACCAUGAAUUUUAGAACAUUGUACGUAGAAGAUUUAAAGCAGUUAUAGUGUGUGUUAUUGUAUUUUGUUUUUCAUUGAUAAGCCAGGCAAUUUAAGCUGUAUGGUGAUUGUAGAUCUUUUAUUAGCACUUUAUUAUUGAUUAAAAUCAUUUGUGUAAUAUACAGGCACACAAAGAACAUAGCAAUAUGUUGAUGAAACUUGAAAAAAAAAGUUUUGUGACUAUGCAGGCAUUCAAAUGUUUGGAAAAGCAUUGUGAUAUUUUUUUCUAUUUAGGAAUUUUUUUUAGAUACCAGUAUUUAAAAGUUAAUUUUAUAGUCUUUUUUUUUUAAUGAAAAGGACUUGUGUACAGGAAUGCAUAAGCAGAAAUAUUAUAUACUGAAGUAUGGUGUAAAAACUUGUGUUAUCAUAUGACCAGAAUGACAUUCCAUUGGUCAGUAGGAUACUUGACCUCCUCCAGUCCUGGGAUGAAGGUACCCCGGUCCUGGGGUGAAGGUACUUGAUCUGCCCCAGUCCUGGGGUGGAGGUGAAUGUACUUGAUUUGCCCCCUAGUCCUGGGGUGGCUUUUUAAUUAUUUAUCUACCAUAAGUUGUAGAAAUCUGAUACAAUAAGCUGGUCUUGCACUAUUUUUAAAUUACAAUUUAUAUUCAUUAGAAUUUUAUUGAAGCAUGUACAAGUACAUGUACUGUUUGAAUUUUUAACAACUCCUUUUACAAUGUUGUGUGUCUUGUGAAAGAAAAGAAGAAUGAAGAGAUUUAAAAGAAAAA